CGAAAAAUCCAAACUGUAGAAUUGAAUUGGGAAUCAAACUGUUCUUGUCCCUUUUAUUGUUAUUGAGAGGAACCAAAUUGUUCUUGUUUGGGAUUGGAGCAUCUUGCUUUUGAUGGUUAAAUAUCAGCUCCUCCAAGGAAACAGGACAAAUUUACCGGUAAAUGGAUUUCAAAACUCAACCACUGGUUUUAGGUUGACGAACCAGCUAAGUCCAGCCGGAGUGCACUUGGGUCGGAGCCCAAAACCCCAAAAGUGGGCAAUUUCUGAAGCCCCAAUGCUCCGAAAUUAUAAGCCAUUGUUACCCAUUGCAGCAAAUUCACUGUUCAAUCACAUCCAAUCUUCAGCUUUUCAACAAUCCCUUCCGCCAUUAUCGCGUUUCUCAUCUGGGUAUCCAAAAAUGGCGACAAACGAGAGUAUCAAGCCAGAAAACGAAGACCAAUUGAAACACAUAUUUGAUCAGAAACGGGUUCUUCGAUCCAGCGUUCGAAAGGCCCUCAAAGCCAUGGACCCUUCUUUCCGAUCCCAGGAAGACAAUGUAAUUCAGAGUAUUGUCCUGGAAGCUCCGUGGUUUAAAUCUAGUCAGCGAUUAUGUGCUUAUGUGAGUUGCAGUGCGUUAAGGGAAGUUGAUACUUCGAGACUAUUAUCAGAGAUUCUUCAACACCCUCCUAAAGAUGGUCAUUCGAAGAAGAUUUAUGUCCCACGUGUGGAGGACAAGAAUAGUCACAUGCGGAUGUUCAAUAUUUCACGUAUGGAUGAUCUUAUUGCAAACUCAAUGAACAUCCUAGAGCCAGCUCCAGUGGAUGGUGAUGGAAAUGAACGUGAAGAUGUUAUGCAGACAAAAGACCCCAUUGAUUUAUUUCUCUUACCAGGACUAGCAUUUGACAAAUCAGGAAGACGCCUUGGUCGAGGGGGAGGUUAUUAUGAUACCUUCCUAAAGAACUACCAAGAACUUGCAAAGGCGCGGAAUUGGAAGCAGCCCCUCCUUGUUGCACUGUCCUAUUCGGUGCAGAUAAUGGAUGAAGGAAUUAUACCACUCACUCCAAACGAUGUUUUAGUUGAUGCUCUUGUAUCACCAUCUGGUGUGAUUCCCAUCAGCUCAGCUGGAUUGGACAAAAUGAAAGUAUGACACCGGACACAAGAUCAAUCUCUCAACAAAAACUUCUUUGAUGAAAACCUUGAAGCUGUUAAAUUAUGUACGCCUUUCCCCCUUCUUUUCGAGUGGCAUCUUCUUUAGAUAUGCCAUCACAAGGAAGUUAUGGUUCUUCUGCGCUUUCUUCAUAGCCAUUGGAAAGGUAGCUUCCAAAUGCGGUACUACUCUUAAUGUGUAACUUUGUUAAUUGUAUAAGCAUGCUUUAGGUAGCAUGGAGAAAUCUGUGGCGUAAUAUUGAUGGAGGAAAGCCUUUUGGUUGUUUUUUAACAAACAGUUGAUAAUCUGCAAACAUUUUCAUCAUCUAGAAUAAAUUUAUGGCUUGUUUUCCAUAAAGGAAGGGUGACUUUCUCGAAAGACCCGGCCAUUUGAAGUAGA